GGACUACACAGUAAACGCAGGCUGAGCACUCAGAGGGUGAAGGAGGACGUGGUGGACUUUGCUCGGUUAAAGUGGCCUUUACUCUUCUCACGCUUCUACGAGGCCUUCAAGUUCUCCGGCCCCAGUCUGCCGAAGAACGAUGUGAUCGUGGCGGUGAACUGGACCGGGGUUUACUUUGUGGACGAGCAGGAGCAGGUCCUUCUGGAGCUUUCCUUCCCAGAGAUCACCGCGGUGUCCAGCAGCAGAGGGGGGAAGCUGCAGGGCCAGAGCUUCACGUUGGCCACGGUGAAAGGAGACGAGUACACGUUCACCUCCAACAACGCUGAGGACAUCAGAGACCUGGUGGUGGACUUCCUGGAGGGUCUGAGGAAGAGGUCUAAGUACGUGGUGGGACUGAUCGACUGCCCCAACCCUGUGGGCGCGGUGGACUCCACCUUCCUGAGUUUCUGUAAGGGGGAUCUGAUCGUCCUGGACGAGCACAGCGGGGAUCAGGUGAUGACGUCGGGCUGGGCUCACGGGAUCAACGACCGCACGAAACUGAGAGGAGACUUCCCUGCUGACUGCGUGUACCUGCUGCCCAGCCUCACCAGGCCGCAGUACGACAUCGUGGCUCUGGUGACGAUGACUCCUAAUCAGAGGCGAGAGUCCAUCGGUUCGUCUCAGCUGAGCGUCUCCGACAUCGAGGACAGAACUAAAGCCCACACGCUGGAGGAGUUCUCCUACGACUACUUCAGGCCUCCUCCGAAGAGCACUCUGAGCAGGGUGAUGAACCCAAAGUCUCGGGGGAAGGAGCGUCUGUGGAGCUGCAGCCGGGAGCCAAUCAAACAGCCGCUGCUGAAGAAGGUGCUCGCCCACCAGGAGCUCUCCCAGGAGGCCUGCCUCGCUUUCAUGGCUCUGAUGAAGUACAUGUGCGACUACCCGUCCAAACGGGCGCGCUCCGUCAACGAGCUCACAGACCAGAUCUUUGAAGGAGCUCUGAAGGCCGAGCCGCUCAAAGACGAGAUCUUCUGUCAGAUCCUCAAACAGCUCACUGAGAACAGCAACACGUACAGUGAGGAGAAGGGCUGGGAGCUGCUGUGGCUCUGCACCGGUCUGUUUCCUCCCAGUAACAUCCUGCUGCCUCAAGUCCAGAAGUUCCUGCAGGCCAAGAAACAUUAUCCUCUCGCUCCGGACUGCAUGCAGCGGCUGCAGAAGGCCUUACGAAAUGGAUCCAGGAAGUACCCUCCUCACCUGGUGGAGGUGGAGGCCAUCCAGCACAAAACCACGCAGAUCUUCCACAAGGUUUAUUUUCCUGAUGACUCCGACGAGGUGUUUGAAGUGGAGUCGAGCACGAAGGCCAAAGAUUUCUGUCACAACAUCUCCGGACGUCUGCUGCUCAAAUCCUCCGAGGGCUUCAGUCUGUUCGUGAAGAUCACCGACAAGGUCAUCAGUGUUCCCGACGGAGACUUCUUCUUCGACUUUGUGAGGCAUCUGACGGACUGGAUCAAGAAAGCUCGGCAUGUGAAAGACGGUGUCUUGCCUUCUCUGACGUAUCAGGUGUUCUUCAUGAAGAAGCUGUGGACCAACACCACGCCGGGAAAAGACACGAUGGCCGACUCCAUCUUCCACUACUACCAGGAGCUCCCUAAGUACCUGCGGGGUUACCACAAGUGUCUGAAGGAGGAGGUGCACCAGCUGGCCGCUCUGAUCUACAGGGUGAAGUUUGAGGACGAUAAAUCUCACUUCAUCAACAUCUCUAAGAUCCUGAAAGACCUCGUCCCUCAGGACCAGAUCCGACACCUGUCCCCCGACGACUGGAAGAGGUCCAUCAUGUCUCUGUUCAACAAACACUCGGGGAAAUCUCAAGAAGAAGCCAAACUGUCCUUCCUCAAAAUCAUCUACAAGUGGACCACGUUCGGCUCUGCCUUCUUUGAAGUCAAGCAAACAACUGAUCUAAAUUACCCAGAAACCCUCCUGAUAGCAAUCAACAAACAUGGAGUCAGUCUCAUUGAUCCUAAAACUAAGGACAUCCUCACCACUCACCCCUUCACUAAGAUCUCUAACUGGAGCAGUGGAAACACGUAUUUCCACAUCACCAUCGGGAACCUGGUGCGCGGCAGCAAGCUGCUCUGUGAGACCGCUCUGGGUUAUAAAAUGGACGACCUGCUGACCUCGUACAUCAGCCAGAUGCUGACGACGAUGACCAAACAGAGAACGUCCCGGGGCAACAACAAGUGAUCCAUUCACCGUCACACACACACACACACACACACACACACACACACACACACACACACACACACACACACACACACACACACACAACACACACACACACACACACACACACACACACAACACCACACACACACACACACACACACACACACACACACACACACACACCUGUGUGAUUUUAACCAAAACAAAGGUUAUUGAGGCGGUUUUUUGGGGUUUCAUUUGUUAUUAAUGCAUCGGCCCCUGUCUUAAAAACUCACAUAUUGCCUUUAAUUGAAGUUUCCCCACCCGGCAAUUUGGAUGGCUCGAUAUAAGAUCAUUAUUAUAAACUGUUUAUAUUAUCGGAUGUUUUAUUUUCAAUGCCAUUCAAAAGUUAGAAAUCUACUGCAACACAAUCGUUUUUAUUAAAAGGAAAGGAUUAUUACAAUAGCUAAUUCCAAACGUUCAUCAUAUUAUCAGAGUUUUCUUAAUUAAUUUCAUUUCAACUUUUUUUUAGACAGAAUUCAGAAAUAAGACCAGAAAUAGUUGGAAAAUCCCCGAAACAGAAGUCUGUUAGUUUGUGUUUGUGAAGUAGCAUUUUGAAUCCUCUAUUUAUCCUCAGAGAUAUUACAAGUUUACCAAACCAGCAUUAAAUAUAAAGACACUUCUGAAACCUAAGAUGUAGACCAUCAUGUAGUGUUUUCUAUUUCUUUUAGUAGAUACAUUGACUGUUUCUGCAGACAAACUUAAAGGUGGGGUAGGUACGUUUGAGAAACCGGCUCGAGUUACACUUGUUGUUAUAUUCCAUGGAAUGCUCUUAACAUCCCGAUAGCAAUGAAUAUCUCAAGUGCUUUGACAAUAAAUCCAUAAAUAAAUAUCUGUGGAAGCCGUGGCGCUGUAAAAAGCACGACCAAUCCUCUGAGCCGGCUAAAGUAACUGGAUGGCCUACCUGCCUGUCAGCCUUCCAUCUGGGCACAAACUUAUCUCGUGCCCUCAUUGGUCAUGUGCGUGUUCGUGUGUGUUGGAGGAGGGGCUCUGUGAGGAAGUGGGAGAUUUCUUCCGGUUGUGUAUUUUCACAUUCUAGCGCACUCAAGCUGGUUUCUCCAAAAUGACCUACCCCACCUUUAAGAUAUAUUGAGAAGACACUGGAUUAAAAAGUAUCUCGAGGUGAACGGAUGAUUUUUUAACGUGUUGUGUGUGCCAGAGUUCCUCCUGAUCCACUGUACCAAAACUACUUAACUAUGUAAAUGUACAAACCCUUAGCGUUGAUCUUUAAGCAUUGAGUCUUAAUCAUACCUGUUUAUGUGACCACUGAUGUAGACGUGAAUAAAUGACGUUUUGCAAAGAG